AUGCAACAAGUCUACAAAAUUACGCCCGUGCUGACCGUAUUUUCCGAGAGCAAUCUGGUGGACGAAACCACUUCCCAGAUGACAUGUCUCAAGGUCGUCAAGGACAGACCUGCAGAGGAUUAUGAAGGUGGUGACGAGGGUGCAGCAUUUCAAAUCAGACCUAGUCUGCUUGGUACAGGCAUGGUUACGCUCAUGGCAGUCAUACUUACAGGGCUGUAA